CAGGCCUCCGGUCCCUCGCUCCUGCGGCUUCAGCAGCCUCAGGGACUCCGCCCGGCGCUUUUAUGUCGCCCGCCUCCGAGAGGAGCGUCCGAGGCAAGGCGUCCGGCCUGCGGAACGGAGCCUCUCGCGCGCUAGGACCUGGCCAGCGCCUCAGGCGCGGCCGCUGCUGCUGCUGCUGCUGCUUCCCAGCUGCGCGCGUGGGUGGGCGUCGCGGCGGUUCGCGUUACGUCGCCGAGUCCCAGAGCCUUCGCCGCGCCUGAGGAGAGCAGCCUCGUUUCGGGACGGCUCCUCUGCCCCGGGAGUUCUCGCUUCGCCGCGGGCGGAUACAUGGGCCACCAUUAGGACCCAGAGACGUUGCUAUGAUUUGGGCAGCCGGCCCCCCUCGAUCUGUUAUACUUCCAGUCCUCCUGUGCAGGUACUGGAAGGCACUGGCUACCUCCAUACAGAUCCUCAUCUCUUUGGCAAUAGGCAAGAUGGUUCCCCAUUAAUGGUAGAAGAGAUCAAUAAUAUUGAAGCUGAAGACCCUUUGUGCAACUUCUACCCCCCAAGCUUUCUCCAGGCUUCAGAGGUGGAAAUGAGAGGUUCGGAGGAUGUUGUCCCUGGUACUGUUUUACAGCGGUUGAUCCAGGAGUGGCGUUAUGGCAAUCCCAAUGAGAAUAUGAACCUGCUGACUCUCCAGCACCAAGCUACGGGGAGCGCAGGACCCUCCAACUCCACUGCCAGCAGCACCCUGUCUUCUUCUGCAGAAAACCUUGUGCCGGAAGACUCACAAAUGGUCCAGCAGUCAGCACGGCAGGAACCACAAGGCCAGGAACAUCAGGGGGAUAAUACAGCGAUGGAGAAGCAGACCAGAGGCUCACAGCCUCAGCAGAACAAUGAAGAAUUACCUUCUUAUGAAGAAGCCAAAGCUCAGUCUCAGUUUUUUAGAAGUCAGCAGCCUAGUGUUGUUGGGCCCAGUUUCUACAUGGCCAGCGGCACUGGUCCAAAAUCUAAAACAGAAGGUAGGCCGACUUUGGCCCGUGCCAACAGUGGACAGGCCCACAAAGAUGAAGCCCUGAAGGAACUGAAACAAGGCCACGUGCGCUCCUUGAGCGAGAGGAUCAUGCAGCUCUCCUUGGAAAGGAAUGGGGCCAAACAGCAUCUUCCCUGCUCGGGGAGAAGCAAAGGGUUCAAAUCCAGUGGGCCCUCCCCUUCCCCAGCGUCCAAUAAAGGCAUGGAUCUGAGAGGACCCCCUCCAGAUUAUCCAUUCAAGAGCAAGCAGGGGGGCUCUCCAGGAAACAAAAGUCAAGAGCCUGGUGUGUUUUUUAAUGAGCAACAUUCUGGAAUGGUUCAAGAAGUGACAAAGCCAUCCUAUUCAGCAUCACAGCCAGCGAGGAGCGAGGUGGCUAUUGUCCGAUAUCCGGGUCCCCCAGAAUAUGGUGUCACCAGUCGUCAGUGUGCAUCAUCUUUUCCAUCACUGCCAACACCCCAGGAGCACAGCCCAGUGUCCUCCCAGACCUCCUUGCUUAGCGGCCCACUGCACUCUGCGUCUCUGCCGCCUCUCUCAAUGGCCACAGCAUCCCAGUCUCUGCCCGCAACUCCGCCUAGCCAGCAGCCCCUCACACCAGAUGCCUUCACGAUAGUACAGCGAGCCCAACAAAUGGUGGAGAUGUUGUCUGAAGAUAACGAAGCCCUGCAGAAAGAGCUGGAGGGCUACUACGAGAAAGCAGACAAGCUUCAGAAGUUUGAAAUGGAAAUUCAGAGGAUUUCAGAAGCUUAUGAGGACCUGGUAAAAAUCACCACCAAGAGAGAGUCACUAGACAAGGCUAUGCGAAACAAACUUGAAGGUGAAAUCAGGAGACUCCAUGAUUUCAACAGAGACUUGCAUGACCGACUGGAGACUGCAAAUAGGCAACUGGCCAGCCGAGAGUUUGAGGGACAUGAAAAUAAGGCGACAGAGGAUCUUUAUGCCUCUCAGAACAAAGAGUACUUGAAGGAGAAGGAAAAGCUAGAAAUGGACUUGACGGCCCUGCGCUUGACGAAUGAGGAACAGCGAAGGCACAUUGAGAUCCUGGACCAGGCUUUGAACAAUGCUCAAGCCAAAGUCAUCAAACUAGAAGCAGAGCUACGGAAAAAGCAAGCGCACGUCGAGAAGGUAGAGAAGCUCCAGCAGGCCUUGACCCAACUUCAGGCAGCCUACGAGAAGCGAGAGCAGAUGGAGCAUCGAUUACGCACCAGGCUGGAAAGAGAGUUGGAAUCUCUGAGGCUGCAACAGAAACAAGGGAACUACCAAGCAGCCCCUGUACCUGAGUAUAACGUCCCGGCCUUAAUGGAAUUAGUGCGGGAGAAGGACGAGAGGAUUCUGGCUUUAGAAGCUGACAUGACCAAGUGGGAGCAGAAGUACCUCGAAGAGAGCACAAUCCGGCACUUUGCCAUGAGUGCUGCAGCUGCAACAGAAAAAGAUACUUUGGCCACCAACCACUCCCGCAGUGGCAGCUACAGCGAGAGCUCCCUGGAGGUCCGCAUAUGGCAGGAAGAAGAGGCGAAGAUGCAAAACAACCAGAAGUGUCAGGACAUGGAAUACACAAUAAAGAAUCUGUAUGCAAAAAUCAUCGAGAAAGAUGCCAUGAUCAAGGUCCUUCAGCAGCGAUCCAGGAAAGACGCCAGCAAAGGAGAUUCAGCAAGUUUGCGGCCCGCUCACUCGGUACCAUCCAUAGCUGCGGCUACGGGCACACACUCCCAUCAGACCUCCCUGAACCACACCCAGGGCGUUGAGGAGAAGAAAGAAGAAAAGUCUUGGAAAGAAAGCAUUGGUUUGCUGUUAGGGAAAGACAUCUCAGAACAGUCAUCCGUCCCUUCGUUGACCCUUCCAACUCCAUCUUUAUCCUCAACAAUGACUUCCUGGCCGGUCACCAUCUGCCAUGCUAAAAUGGGCAGCAAAGUCAACAGCACUCAGACAGACAAAGGCACGGAGCUUUUCUGGCCCACUGCAGCUUCUUUUCCGGGUAGAGGAAAACUGAGUCACUCUUCUGGCAGCAGUCCGGCCCUGAGGCACAUCGCAGGCAAAAAUGCUGGGGAAAGACCAGAAAACUCUUCCAGCUGUGGGAAACUCCUGGACAGCAGCAAAAGCAGAGUUAGCAAUCUGCUUCAUAAGCCUGAAUUUCCAGAUCCAGAUAUGAUGGAAGUCCUUAUUUGAAGCCGUUGGAGCUUUUGCUGCUUUGGGUAAAAGCACCUCGUCACCCUGGAGAAGAGGGGGUUGUUGUUUUCAUUGCUGUGCUUGAGUUAAAAACUCUGAAGGAGAACCACAAAGUUGGACCAAGAAAGUUCGAACCUAGAAGAAAACUCCAGGUGGAUCUGAGAGUUGAGGAAGACAGAGGACUCAGAACGUUGGAGAUGGAACAUUUGGGAUGUCUGCUAUGUACAGUCAAACAUGAUGUGGAUUUGGGGGGGGGCGGAUGGCAAGAUGUUAUAGGAAUAAGAGGACGUUUCUAUGGAGGAUGUGUUUGAUGUGCCAGGAACUGUUCUCUUACCACCUAAGUAGUGAUAUCAUUGGGUGGUAUGUUGCCCACGUGGAAUUUUUUUGAGUUGUAUUUGCAAUUCUUGGGCGAGAGAGCAGGACUUCCAAAUAUUAUUGUUUUAGCUGCUACCUUCUUCCUGCUUUUCCUCUUUGAUUCCCCCACCAUCUGGGUUUGCUUCUACUGUAUGUCAAACAUGCCAGCGUAGAUCUCUGGUAGAACCAAAUUUAGACAGGUUAAUCUUAAAUUGUUUCCGUGCUCUCUGUAGUUGUCUCUGUCUACAGUGGGUCCCUGAAUGCUGUUGACCAUGGAGGAAAAUGAGUUGACAUCCAGGUGCUCAAUACAUGAGAGCCAUGAUGUGCUGGUCUAAUUCCAUAAGAUCAUCUGCAUUACGAAACUAAGCAAUCAGUGAGCAAAACAACCAAAUGAUCACCCGCUCCUUCAAAUUUAAUUUAUUCUGGCUGUGUCAGAUCCCAGCUCAUUUAGGCCUAAAGUUAAUAAUCCCAGAAGCAUUGAAUGGGAUUUCUACCCUGGAUUCAUAGCAAGGAUGCACCCACAGCAAAAUUCCCAAAGGGGACCGGUCUCUGUCCAGAGGUUAUGCAUCUGAACAGUCAUGUGUGAAGAUUGUGCCUCUUUGGAUCAGCUUUGCUGACUUGCCAGUAGAUCUGUUUAUGACGCUGCUGCCUAGCUAAGAUAUCGUUGAGCCUCUGCUGUAAGCUGGAUUGUCGAAAGAGCCCUAAUAUAAUAUAGGAAGUAGUGAACACGGUGGUCCCUUUUGGAUGGGGCCAAAUGUGCAGUUGUUUUUGUAUUCUCCUCUGUUGUGUAGUUUAGUGCUUGUUAGUUGUACUCUUUCUGACGAAAAGUGUGUACAUUAGUAAGAGUCCUUAGUCCAUGUAGCAAUGUUCUGGUUUUGCUCUGACUCAUAAAUUUGCCUCUUCAUUGGAUGUUAGGUGAAAAAAAAGUCUCCCAAGGCUUGUAGUAAAUGCUACUUCCCGGAGUAUCUGUAGAUAGCAAGGUCAUGCAAACCUCUUUUCCUUCAUUCCCUUCCUCUAUAGACCAGGAGACAGUCUUAACUGCCUCUUGUUACAGGCACGUUUAUCCAGGACAGGGAGCUCCUUGUUCUCUGUGGCAAAAAGCUCAAAAUGCAGCACUCUUAUGAGUCCAAGUUAUGUUUUAUCCAAAGCAUAAAUAGCUGGUCUCAAAUUCUGACUGUGGUCUUAUUCAGAUUUCUCUCCAUGGACUAUAAGGCAAAGAUGUACACCAGGACUAUACAUAGCGUUGCUUACUCAGUGCUGUUUCUGAGGUGCGAAACAUGGCAGUCCAGAGGGGAAUUAGCCUAAAAGUUGCUGCUUUAUAUUAUAUUAUAUGUAUGUAUCUACAUUUAGACAUACAUACCUUGCCACAUUUCAUUAAAGACCAGGCCUUCUAUUAAUACCUUUUGAACAGUACAUUUACAUCUAAGAUUCCACUUGCACACAAAGGGCGAAUUGUUACCAUUCUUUUUGUGCAAACCGCAGGCGGCUUUCCCAAGCCAAAAGAAUCAGGACAUUAAAAUCUUGUUAAUCUGGCUGCAUGCAAAAAAUAAUGUCACUGUAGAUUUUUAGUACCGAAAUAUGUGGCCCAGGAAGACCCCCCCGAGUCUAAGCAAAGUAGGCGGGGUCAAAACCUUGGGGUCAUUUUUGCAUUGGGAGGACAGGUUAGCUAGAUUUUAUAGGCAAGUUGCAAACAUCUAAUAUCCCUGCCCACGUUUCCCUUAACCAACUUGGUGAGGUCAUCAAGCUGAUGGAAGUUCACCCCCAUUCCAGCCCAUCCUAUUAGAGCAUAAUUUAUCUACAGUAUUGCAUUUGUAUAGUAGCUGCUAUACUUGUAAACCAGUGUUCUCUAGCUUGCUCAUACCUGAUCUAUGUGCUGCUGCAAUGUUAUCCUGCCUGACAUUUAUAGCGUUAUAUAGUUAUAUUCCAGGCAAAUGGAUUGUAAGAUAAUGUCAAUCUCCCCUGUUGUGUUUCUGUUGUGCAGAUUGGCUACUGCAGAGCAUUGUACAGCUUGAAUGUGUUUGUAUAGAUAUAUAGCGUCUCAUCUUCCAUAACAAAUAUGGGUGACUCUGGCCAGCCAAAGAAUUUUCUCCUGUUUUCUGCUGCUUACAUUUGUGCCUUAAUAUUGUAUAUAAUAAAUGUAUACAACUACA